UCAACAAUUGCACACACACGCUAGUUUGUUAUUUCGCUACACGUAUUUACGCGGUUCCCCGUCAACGUUUUGUAACGGAAUUUUCUGCUGCAAGCGACCAGUACGCGCCCAUUUCCCAAGUCGCAACCUGUCUUGCCGCAUUUUUCUGUCGAUCACAUUGCGUUCGAUAGUCUAUGGUGAACUGUUUGUAUCCGUCCAGACACACACGUAAAAAUGGGCUUAAAUGAUCGGAAAAGAAAAUCUAUGAAUACAAUUCAAAAUAAUGAUAAAAAAAGAAAAAACGUAACUCUAAAAAAAUCGUCAUCAUCUGAAGAAUCUGAUGAACAGUCUGAUCAAGAUAAUGGAUUAAACCAUGAAGUAAAAAAUGAUAUUCCAGCUAUCAGUCGAUGGCCUCAAGAUGAUGUUCAAAAACUUUUAGCUAAAAUGGAAUUAAUACUUCCUAAGAAUGACAGUACUUCAUUUCGAAGUCGACUAUCAAAGAUAGACUGGGAAAAAAUUAAGUUUGGUAAAUAUCAUAAGGAUGAAUGUCAAUCUACAUGGUUAGCUAUUCAAGAUCAACUUAGAACAUUCAAAACAUUAGGAGAUCUCGUGAAUGAUGCUAAAUAUAUGUUAGCCACUAAAGGCAUUGAUACAUAUCAGUCCAAACAAAAUCGCUUACAUAGACCUAAGUCUGCAUAUAUGAUAUAUUACAUGGAUAUUUUACAAAAAACCAAGAAAAAACAUCCAGAUUUAAAAAUGACUGAACUUACACAAGUUAUUGCAGAGAAAUAUAAGAAUUUAUCACCUGAAAAAAAACAAUAUUAUAUUGAUCAAGCACAAAAAUUAAGAACUGAAUAUAAUGAAAUGGUUGAUAAAACGAAAUUCAUACCCACGGCAACAGUGACGGAGGAAUCAAUUAAACCUUCAAAUAAAUCCACGAGUAAAUCUUCAAGUAAACCUUUAAGUAAACCCAAAACACCUUUCCAAAUUUUUCUAGAGGCUAAGUCUACAGAUUUAGACAGCAAUGUUGAUAAAACUGAAUUUCAAAAUCAUCUCAAAGAGAAAUGGGAUAAUAUGUCAGAAAAGAAAAAAUCAAAGUAUAUUAAAUUAGCUAAUGAACGGGAGCAAACAUAUUUAAAUAAUUUGAAAGAAGACCAUAAAAAUGAUCCAGCUUUUACUUUACCAACAAAAAGUGCUUUGACCAAAGGUGAUAGAAACAUUUUGGAUUCUCAAUCAGGUAAACCAAAAAAGCCCCCUGUUAAUAGUUAUGGUCUCUAUUCCAAAGAAAUGCUACAAAGUAAUGCAUUAGAUGGAGUUCCACCAAAAGAGAGAAUGACAAUGUUAGCACAAAAAUGGAAAGCAUUUUCAAAUGAAGAGAGACAAAUUUAUGCUGAUAGGUUGAAAGUAAUUGUUGAACGAUAUAAGACCGAAUAUGAUGCAUUCUUAAAAACAUUACCCGAAAACGAGAGACAAAUAGAAAUUGCUAAAACCAAAGUAAAACCUAAGAAGGCUGAACCAAAAGUUGUCCCAAGAAUUAAUGCUAGAGAAGGAAUCAUAGAAAAACCUAAGAAAAAAACCGAUUCAAAAUAUAACCCAAAAACUAAGAUGUUUGAAAAUGAACCAAAAGGUGUGCCUUUUAAGAAUGCAUUUGAAUUAUACAGAAGUAAAAUUGAACCAAAUGAAAAACAUCAAAUUACAAGCUUAGAAGAGUGGAAUAGUAAAGCUGGUCGUAAGCAAGUUAAGUAUGAAAAUGAACUUAAGGCACUUAAAAAAGAAUAUAUGAAAGAUUUGAAAGUAUUCUUAAAAUCUCUUUCUGAAGACGAUUUAAAGUUAUAUCUUAAAUUAAGGAAACCUGAAUUAGUAACUGAAAAGACUGAUAAAGAAUCAAGUGCAUCAGAAAAUGAAGAUAGUUCGUCAGAAGAAGAUAAUGAUAAUGAAAAUGAUAAUAAUGACAGCGAAGAUGAUGAUGAUGAUGAUGAUGAUGAUGAUGAUUCUGAUUCAGAGUGA